AUGGAUGAUCUGAAUCAAAAGGCUCUUGAAGAUAAAUGGUUUAGCAGUGUGUUAAGCAAAAAAAGAUCAGCAGAAGCAAGACUUCAUCGUAAACGUCAACUUCAAUCCAAGAGAGCAAAGAAAUUGAAUGGUCUGCAGAAGGAGAAUGUAGGCAAGACUACCCCAAUUAGUAGUCAUGAUAAUGCUCAUGCAAGAAUUCCAUUUUCUACCAUCUCUCAGAAUAUUCCAAGUUCCAGCAAUUCGGUUAUAACAAAUUUGCAGAAAACUCAUGCUUCCUCAGUGAUCAGUAAUCUUGCAAAUUCGUUGAAUAAAAAACGUCCAAGAGUUGUUACAUGCAGAAACAUCAAUAUGAGAGGGACGAAUUUAAAGAAUAGAUUUGAUAACGUUGUUGGUGAAUGUGGUUCUACAUCUUCAAAAAACUCUCCAUUACAUACUACUGAAAUCAAUGAACUUUUUGAAGAUGACAACGAAGAGGAUAAUAUGCAUGAUGAUUCGUCAGAGAGUUGGAGUUCAGAUGACAGCAUGGUUAUGGACGAAGAUGAAGAAGAUAUGGACAAUCAAGCUGUAAUGGUCAAUGCACUACCAUCAGGAGAUUUUUACGACAUAGGUGAUCCAGUGUUUGAAUGUCCAAAAUGUGGUGCAAACAUGUGGUAUUUAGAAAGGAAGACCAAGUGUCGGCAAACAUUAAGUCCUAAGUUCACAAUGUGUUGCGGUGAUGGUAAAGUUCAAAUUCCUUUAUUGAGAGAACCUCCACCGGUGUUACAGAAACUGCUGUUUGACCAAACAAACCCUGAAUCAAAACUAUUUCAACAACAAAUACGUCUUUUCAACAUGAUGUUUGCAUUUACGUCUCCGGGUGCUAAAAUGGACAACCGUUUUAAUAAUGGUAGAGGUCCUCCGAAUUACCGAAUUCAAGGACAAUCAUGUCAUCGUAUAGGUAGCAUGUUACCAUUGCCAGGACAAAAUCCCCGAUUUGCACAACUCUAUAUAUAUGAUACUGAACAUGAAAUACAACAUAGAGUAAACGGAUUCAAGACAAAAGACGGAAUAGAUCUUGACAUAGUGAAAAAACUCUCUUCUAUGUUAUAUCAACACAAUGUUCAUGCCCAGAGUUUUAAGAUGGCAAGGGAUAUACUUUCCGAAGGCAAUGUUUCUGACCUAAAGCUCCGUCUUAUUUCCGAGCGACGCACCGAUGGGAGAAUUUAUAAUCAACCAACUGUUUCUGAAGUUGCUGCUCUAAUUGUUGGUGAUGUUGACACUGCUGAGAAAAGGGACAUAAUAAUGCACAAACAGAGUGGACAACUUCAAAGAAUAGAUGAAUAUCAUACAUCAUAUUUGGGAUUUCAAUAUCCAUUGCUUUUCCCUUAUGGCGAAGAUGGUUACAGGCCGAACAUUAGACACCGUAAUCAAGAUUCCAACAAUAGACGUAACUCAGAAUCAAUAACUGGAGUAGCCGACAAUGAGGAUGUUCCGUGGGAGCAAGCAACUAAAAGAAAUAGGCUCACAAUUAGAGAGUGGUUUGCAUUUCGUAUUCAAGCCAGAAAGAAUGAGGCCCAAACAGUUAUCAGAUCAAGAAGGUUAUUUCAACAGUUUUUGGUUGAUGGUUAUACAAUGAUGGAAUCUGAGAGACUUCGAUGGUUAAGAAAAAAUCAAUCUAAACUUAGAGUUGGAAAGUAUAACUAUCUAGCAGAUAUCAGAACCAAUGGACAUACCGAUGGUGCAAACACAGGGAAAAGAGUUGUCCUUCCAUCGUCCUAUGUUGGUAGUCGCAGAUACAUGGAUCAACUUUACUUUGAUGGAAUGGCAAUAUGUAGUUAUGUUGGAUUUCCCGAUCUAUUCAUAACGUUUACGUGUAAUCCAAACUGGCCGGAAUUGAAACGUGUACUUGCUUCUAAUAAUUUGACACCAGCAGAUCGGCCGGACCUCAUAACGAGAAUAUUUAAGAUGAAAUUCGAUGAGUUACUGUCAGAUUUGACUAAAAAAAGUUGUAUGGGGAAAGUUCUUGCGUAUAUGUACACAAUUGAGUUUCAGAAGAGAGGCCUUCCCCACGCUCAUAUUUUGAUAUUUCUACAUCCAUCCAGCAAAUAUCCAACACCUGCUGGUAUUGACCGUAUUAUAUCUGCCGAAAUUCCGAACAAGGACACCGACGGAGACUUAUAUAAUUUGGUAAAAAGUCACAUGAUACACGGACCUUGCGGAAACGCAAACCGGUCUUCGCAAUGUAUGAAGGAUGGUAAAUGUUCCAAAUACUUUCCUAAAGACUUUCGGGCUGAGACAGUUGUCGAUCAAGAUGGUUAUCCGGUUUACAGAAGAAGGGACAACGGUCACACUGUCAUUAGGAAUGGUAUAGAGGUUGACAAUAGAUUUGUUGUUCCUUACAAUGCAAAAUUGUUGUUGAAGUUCAGAACUCAUAUUAAUAUGGAAUGGUGCAAUCAAAGCACAUCCAUAAAAUAUUUGUUUAAAUACAUCAACAAAGGCUAUGAUCGAAUAACAGCUGCAAUUGUUAUGAAUGAAAAUGGAUGUCCUAUUGAGCGUCAAGAUAUUGAUGAAAUCAAGCAGUAUAUUGACUGUAGGUAUGUUUCUCCAAGCGAAGCAUCCUGGAGGAUUUAUGGUUUCCCCAUUCAUGGAAGGAAACCAGUUGUGGAAAGAUUACACUUCCAUUGCGAAGGUCAACAUUCAGUCUACUAUACUGACAUCAGCAAUGUUUCCAAUGUCCUUGAGAAACCAAGUGUAACUGAAUCGAUGUUUACGGCAUGGUUUGAAGCUAAUCAGAAAUACACCGAAGCUCAACAGUUAACUUAUAGCAAUUUUGUUUCAAAGUUUGUAUAUGUCAAAAAGAAAAGAGAGUGGAAACCCAGGCAGAAGGGUUACACAAUUGGCAGGUUAAUUUGGGUUCCUCCAACUACAGGAGAAUUGUACUUUCUCAGAAUGAUGCUUACACAUGUGAAGGGCCCUCAAAAUUAUUCAGAACUGAAAAUAGUUAACAACGUCAAGUACGAUACUUUCCGUGAUGCAUGA